UAAACUGUAAUUUUUCUAAAUAUGUACGAGUUGUUAGCGGGUGGAGUCCUCUAAAGUUUGAAUAGCAACAAGUGUCAAAAUAAAAGAGUUUUAAAAAACUAUGGGUUGUUCGGUCAGUACAACAGGUGACAAAGAAGCCUCAGAGAGAUCGAAAAAAAUUGAUAGAGACCUAAGGGCAGAUGGAGAACGGGCAGCUAGCGAAGUAAAGUUGUUAUUAUUAGGCGCAGGAGAAUCGGGCAAGAGCACCAUAGUCAAACAAAUGAAAAUAAUUCACGAAACUGGAUAUUCUAAAGAAGAAUGUGAACAAUACAGAUCUGUAGUCUAUAGUAAUACGAUUCAGAGCUUAAUGGCAAUUAUCAGGGCUAUGGGACAGUUGAGGCUCGACUUUGCCGAUCCUACACGAGCUGAUGUUGCACGUCAAUUUUUCACAUACGCCAGUGCGGCUGAAGAAGGUGAACUAACACCGGAAUUGGUGAUGUUAAUGAAGAAACUGUGGGCGGAUCCCGGUGUUCAAUUGUGCUUUUCGAGAUCUCGCGAGUUUCAGUUAAACGACUCAGCUCCGUACUAUCUUAAUGCCUUAGAUCGUAUAUCGUUACCGAAUUACGUUCCAACUCAACAGGAUGUACUAAGGACGCGUGUUAAAACCACAGGAAUUGUAGAGACGGACUUUUCGUUUAAGGGUCUCCAUUUCAAAAUGUUCGAUGUUGGAGGGCAGCGGUCCGAGCGGAAAAAGUGGAUUCAUUGCUUCGAAGGUGUCACCGCAAUCAUAUUUUGUGUUGCAUUGUCAGGUUACGAUUUGGUGCUGGCAGAAGACGAAGAGAUGAAUCGAAUGGUUGAAUCGAUGAAGCUGUUUGACUCGAUUUGUAAUAGUAAAUGGUUUGUGUCGACUUCGAUCAUUUUGUUUCUAAACAAAAAAGAUCUGUUCGAGGAAAAAAUUACGCGUAGUCCUCUCACGAUUUGCUUUCCCGAGUAUACGGGCCAUAACAAUUACGAAGAAGCGUCGGCGUAUAUACGAAUGAAAUUUGAAAAUUUAAACAAAAGGAAAGAUCAAAAGGAAAUAUACACUCACUUUACAUGUGCGACAGAUACCAAUAACAUACAAUUCGUUUUCGAUGCCGUUACCGAUGUGAUUAUAAAAAAUAAUUUGAAGGAUUGUGGCCUUCUUAUGUAAAAAUUGUGACAUCUACUAUUUACUGUCGCAUGAGUAGUAAGUGUAUAUUGUAAAUUUUGCUAAUCAUCUGUUUUUGCCAAGCAGAAACUUACAAAGUAGUUGAUUAGCAACCGCUACAUGCCAACUAGGUUAUAAGAUAUGUUAGGGAAUGUUAAGAUACGCUGCCAUUUAUUCAAUUCAAUAACUACUCAUUAAAUUAAGAUAUUAUAGACUGAUUUUUUGUCACUUCGAAACAUUCAAAUUUUGCUGCCUACUUUAAGAUCGUUCGAUGGAACUGAGAUUUAUAUUUUUUAUAUAAUUGGGACUGAUUAAAAAAAUUUUAAACUGCGUAGUACUGAAAGAGUGCCAAGUGCCUACGUAAUACAAGUUCGAGUAGUCACCUAAGCUAGGCUGAAAGGGAAGAGAAAACAAUGUUAUCUCAGCUUGUGUAGCAAUAACCUCUAAGUCAGUGAUCAGUUGUCAAUUGUCAAAACGGGUAAUGAUUUGUGCUAACAGCUGACAGAAAUUGUAUUCAACAUCUAAUGGUUAGUAGAUGUACGUGGCUUACAAUUUUUUUGUUCAGUCCUACAGCAUAAGUUAUAGGUACUACCUUACUGACAGUAUUGAAAUUUUUUAUAGAUAUAUACACACACAAGAUAUUAGUGCAGUUUUGAUAUGUUGUACUUAUUCGGUGAUCAAAUUUUUGGAUUGUACAAUGGGAAAUCGAUAAUUCUGCGCAAUUUUUGACUUUUAUAUAUAUAAAUAUGCAGUUUCUUUACAACUAUAUUCCACAAUAUGUGACUAAUUGUAGGUAUUAUCUUUUAUACAAUUUUUAUUUUUAUACAAAUGCUGUUUAUAAUUUUAUUUUGUACUAUAGUACUUUUGUAGUUUGGGAUUAAAAUACUGGCCUAUUUUGGAUAUUUGCUUGUUUCGUAAUAAAAUAACGCAGAAUAGUGCGUAAUAUUUCUCGAUUAAUUUAUUGGUAUACUAACGUCUAUUUUUGUAAUGUACUAACAAAAUAUAAUGUGUUUUUCAACCAUUUCGGCGGUUUAUGCUUUUUUUUUAAAUUAUAGUUUCCUGAUCUGUAAAAAAAUGCAAUGUGAUAAUUCGUAAAUUGGGUCACAAUUUAAUUACAGUUUUUCAAUAUACACAAUGUUUGAUGGUCUGUGUGCAUGUGCAUGUGUGUUAUUUAAACUUAAUCGGCACCACGAACACCUCCCCGCUAUUAAAUGGAGCUCAUUUUAAUAAAGUUAUUGUCAUUUUUGUUUUAGAUAAUUAACACAUGUUGAACAAAUAUAUUUGACAGUUAACAUAUUUUGGUACAUUUAUUCAAAUUUUACGUUGUAAUUGUUAAUAAAAUAUUUAAAGCUUGA